UUCUGAGUCACAUGAUCACAACAUGGAGAACGUGUCGCAGGAAUUCCAUAUCUCCUUUCUCUGAUGUCGGUGUCAAGUUUACCUGCCUAUUGAGUCCGACUGAGAUCAUUUUCCUACAGCUUUUGUCUUGAUCGGAAUCCAAGAACUCUCGUCGGCUCUUUAGGUUCGUUGACAGCCACGUAAAAGAAAAGAGCAGGGACUGGAUAGCGAUCAUGGCUCUCGAACAGGUCUCGGACUAUCUCAGCCAGAUGACAGAAGACAUGAGCGAGCUGACCAAGUAUCUGGGUGACAACCACAGGGCGUUAGGCCUGGGCAUCGGAGCAGCCGUUGGUGCCGCGACUCUGGGAUAUUAUCUACUGUCCCCCCCACGCUCACUCAUGGAGGCUCCCAUAGACCUCAACAGGCAGUCAGUAGAAGUACCGGGAGGGGAGUAUGCUCGGGUCUCUGUGCUGUGUGAAGAUGGGAAGCUGGUAGAAACACUAUCUGGCAAUGUCAACACGCUUUACGAGGGCUUCCAGAGGGGCCUGGAGAUGUCCAAAAAUAAUCCUUGCCUGGGUUGGAGAACCAGUCCUGAGGGUCCAUUUGAGUGGAUGACGUAUGGAAAUGUUGCUGAGAAAGCUCACAAUUUUGGCUCAGGACUGUUGAGCAGAGGUCUGCAAUCCAACCCGGAGACCUUCCUCGGGAUUUUCUCACAGAACAGGGUGGAGUGGACGGUGACUGAGCAGGCCUGUAACAUGUACAGCAUGGUGAUCGUGCCUCUGUACGACACACUGGGACCCCAAGCUGUCACAUACAUCGUCAACCAAGCAAAACUGAGCACCAUCGUAUGUGACAAGUCAGACAAGGCUGUCAAGUUGUUGCAGAACGAAGGAAUAUCCUGCGUCAAGUGCAUCAUUGUCAUGGAUGCAAUUUCUGAGGAUGCACGAAAAAUGGCAGAAGAAUGCCAUGUUGAACUAGUGCCUUUUUCUGAAGUUGAGGAACAAGGAAAGCAAAACCUGCAAGAAGCUGUGCCUCCCAAGCCGGAUGAUCUCUGCACAAUCUGUUACACCAGCGGAACAACAGGGAAUCCCAAAGGAGCAAUGCUGUCGCACAAGAACAUUGUUGCAGCAUGUGCAGGUGUAGCCGUGACUUUUGAGCAAAAGUUCAAGAUGACUCCUGAUGAUGUACACAUCUCCUAUCUCCCCCUUGCACAUAUAUUUGAGCGGCUGGUACAGUGUUACCUGUUCAGCUGUGGAGCACGGAUUGGUUUCUUCCAAGGAGAUGUGAGGAAGCUGACAGAUGACAUCAAAGAGCUCCGUCCCACGAUAUUUGCCACAGUGCCCCGGCUGCUGAACAGAAUAUAUGACAAGGUCAUGGCAGGAGCAGCCAGUGCUGGAGUUGUCAAACGUCUCCUGCUGAGCGUGGCGCUCAAGAGGAAGGAAGCAGCACUGAACAGGGGAGUUUUCAACAAUGACACGCUGUGGGACAAAGUGGUCUUCAAGAAGAUACAGGAGAACCUGGGAGGACGUGUGAAGUACAUCGUGACAGGCGCUGCCCCACUGUCCCCCACCAUCAUGACGUUCCUCCGCUGUGCCAUGGGCUGCUUUGUGUUUGAGGGUUAUGGUCAGACGGAGUCAGCUGCGGCUGCAUCAUUAACAUUCCCCAUGGACUUCAGUGUUGGUCAUGUUGGCAUCCCGGUGGCCUGCGUAAAGAUCAAACUGGAUGACGUACCAGACAUGAACUACUACGCCAAAGACGGAAAAGGAGAGAUCUGUGUGAAAGGAGCUAGUGUGUUCAAGGGAUAUCUGCACGAGCCAGAGAAGACAGCAGAGACGAUAGAUGCCAAUGGGUGGUUACAUACAGGAGACAUUGGUACCUGGACUCCGCAAGGAACCCUGAAGAUCAUUGACAGGAAGAAGCACAUCUUCAAACUGGCUCAGGGAGAAUACAUCGCCCCAGAGAAGAUAGAAGGUGUGUACCUGCGCAGUCCACUGGUGGGACAGGUGUUCGUACAUGGAGAGAGUUUACAGGCCUGUCUGGUAGGCGUGGUGGUGCCUGAUGAGGUGGCCUUUCCUCAACUGGCAUCUUCCAAAGGCAUCACAGGGGACAUGGCAGAGCUCUGCAAGAAUGCGGCACUGAAGAAGGAGGUUAUGGACAGCAUCAUAGCCCUGGGGAAGAAAUCCAGCCUGCACUCAUUUGAACAGGUGAAAGAUCUUUACUUGUGCCCGGAGCCCUUCUCGGUAGAGAACGGACUCCUUACCCCCACCUUCAAGUCCAAGCGACCACAGCUGAGGGACUUCUUCCAGGACCAGAUCACCGAGAUGUACAGCAAGCUCACCUAAAAUCAGAAUAUGAUUGACAGUUGUCGAGAGCAAUCAACCUUCUGCCUCAAGUUCUACAUCACAUGAUGCUCUAUGCUAAUGUUGAAAUUGAUGUUGGCAUUAGACACUUUAUGCUUGUUUUUUUGCCUUGAAGAAAUGCGCAAUAUAGGAGUGGUUUAACUUGAGUUUAAAAUUUCUUCAUUGUGUCUUUAGUUAGCUAGGUGUAAAUCUCAAAUUGAAGUGCAAGGCAAUGGUUUAAAUUGAAGUUGUUUCUGUAAUUUGCAAUACAGUUGUCAAAAACAGCUAACUCUUAAAGUUUACUUUAAACCUUAUUCUUGUUUCUCCUGGAAUGAGAAAAUGGAUUUGAAAGUGCAACCAGUUUGCCAGAUGCUUGAAGUAACUUUGAUGGCAGCAUAAAGUUAAAGUUUAUAUGCAAUUAGUUUAUUGCAACACUUCUGCUCCAAGUUAUUUUCUUAGUUAGAUAUAUCCUACUUGUUUAUAUAAUGAUCUCCUGUACUCUAAGAUAUCAGUGUCCAUCUGCAGCGAAAUACUAGGUGCAAGUAACAUUUAAUAUUACCAGCAUUUUCUGACAUGAAAUGAUUUGAAAUCUCAAAUUGGUCACAUAGACUUAAAGCCAUAAAAUCUCGUUCAUAUGUAACAGUCUCUUCAAAUUUCUAGAUAGUAUGGUUGUAUGAAACAAGUACCAAGUAAGUUAAGUAUGGUUGUAUGAAACAUGAAAUGUAGAAGUACCUUUCUUGCUUGGGUUUAUGUGUAUAAGGUAGGGUCUUAAACGGCAAUGCUAUCAAUGCAAUACAUGUACACUUUUACUGUGUCUUGUUAUAGUGCAGGUUUCGAAUGUGGUCCCUUUUUUGUACAUGAUUCUUACCUGCGUUAGGGUGCUUGUUUAUUAUGCAUGCAGUAGAAUUCUUCAGUCAUGUUCCAGCUUAGUCCUUCUCUCCAAGCAGAUGUCUGGGGGACAUUUCUGACAGUCCUUUACCCCAGUUGGCAGUCAGAAAACUUAACAGAAUGACAAAGUUCAUUGUACACUUUCAAAGAGCUAAUACCUAGCCAACAUUUUGGAAAUCACCUGUCACCUUCCUUGGCGCAAUUAUUGAUAGGUUCUAUUGUACUUUGUUCUACAGUGAUUUACCAAGUAGAUGAAAUUAUUCACAAAAAUACAUGUUUCAAUUGUACACCUCAACAUCUGCUUAGAGUUUAUCAUAUCCCCACUUUUGUGUAGUCUACACUAAUCUUGGAAAUAUCUAGUUUGUGGGAACCGAAUUAGAAAGGAACAAAAAUUUAAUUUAAUCAGAAAGAACAGUAUUGGAGGGUGUGAAAAUAAGAUAA